GAAGAAUCUUUUGACAUUAAUUUAAGUCAAUGGAAUAUAUUUUACAAUUAGAAAUUAAUGAUUAAUACAUAAAAUAACUUGAGGUAUCAGUAUCAAAAAAAUACCCAAUAUUUCGCUUGAAUAUGUACGUUAAUUCUCUACAAUUUUAAGAUGAGAUAUAUCCUUUCGAUGUAUAUUGGUGAAAAAAUAACAGUUCUCAAUAUGUCACCUUAAAUAUAACCUCUAAGCUUAUGUGUCAACAAUAAAAACAUUUAUUUACUAGAUUUAAGCAUAACAUAAAAGUUUAGAGUAAGGAAAAAAAUAGGUAGUUUGAGUAGAAUGGACGAUAUUUUAAUAAAAAAGGAAUUAGAUAACAUAAAACAAGAUAAUUUAGAAUUAGGCCAUAUACAUUCGGAUGAAGAAAUUUUAGAGGAAGAUGAUGAUUCUCAUGAUAUGGGACUAGCAAUAGAAGAAAAUUUACGAGACCUUAGCUCAGAUUUCAAUAAUACCUCACAAAUUGUUGAAGUUAAACAAGAAGAUAUACUUGGCCUCGGUUCUGAUAUAAUACUACCUCAAGUAUCUCAAAGCCAAACUACCAAUUCACCAAAACAUAAAAAAGAGACAAAAACCAAGAAGGAAUUGGAAGAAGAAGAAAGAGAAAAGAUGCAAGUCCUAGUUUCGAAUUUCACUGAAGAACAGUUGGAUCGAUAUGAAAUGUAUAGAAGAUCAGCGUUUCCUAAAGCUGCUAUCAAAAGGCUAAUGCAAACAAUAACUGGUUGUUCUGUUUCUCAAAAUGUUGUUAUUGCUAUGGCCGGUAUAGCUAAAGUAUUUGUGGGAGAAGUAGUAGAAGAAGGAUUGGAUGUCAUGGACGAAUUGGGGGACACGGGACCUUUACAACCCAAACAUCUUCGCGAAGCUGUUAGGAGAAUGAGACGAUACGGUGGUAUUCCAAGUGGUAGAGACUAUAGAACACAUUAUCGAAUAUGAAUUAUUAAUUUUAUUUUUAAUUAUUAUUGUAUAAUAAAUUUUGUUUGGUAAAUAUUCCUUUUACUACUAUACGUACAUUGUAUUUCUACAUUUAAAAGGGUUUAUUGAUGAUUAUUUGUAUCAAACUAACUGCAUACGGUCUAGAGAUAUCCACAAAAAGCAUAAAGUACCCCUUGAGAAAAAUUAGAAGAAAAAAACGUGUGUUUUGAGCACAAUUUCAUAAAAGUUGGUGUAGUAAAAGUGUAUACAUCAGGAAUCAGCUUCUAUCUUUCAGCAUUGCUUAUUCCACUUUCAUAAUCACUUCGUGCGAAAUUGAUCUAUACGUCGAUCUUUGAAUUUUCUGCAUCAUUUGCGCACAUGUGGCAUACACUUUUCUCCACGCACCUCACACAGUUGGGAAUGGAUGUCCAUUGGAGAAAUGUCAUUCGCACCAGGCGUUAGAAUCAAGUGGAAGCUCCAUUUAACGGAUACCAGGGCAAGAAUGAACGUUGCAAACAAAAAGCCGGAGAAACUUGGAGAAAGCUUCACGCCAGUCUUGAUAAGUCCUUUUUUAGACAAGGCGCAAAUUGGAAUACGUGUAGCACAUGUGAGGUGACGCAGCACAGCUGGAUAAAUAUAAGCCAGUAGCGACAGUUCCCUUAAGAUAAUGUUUUAAGUUUCAAUGACCUCGCGCCAUGUUCGUGGUUGUUUUCAGAGCGAAAUUUAAACGCACGGGUACUAAAAAGAAAUGUAGUAAAGGUUUUGUAAAAAGCAACAUGUAUCUAAUUUUACUUGUAGUUAAAUUUAUGAUAAGUAUUCCCAAAGAAAUUAAAGAAUAAAACAAUCGUAAUUGGAUAAACAAUAAUUUUGAUAAUUCAGCUAGAUAGGAAUUGUGAAAUUCCAAAAACGCGUUGAUACUAGUUAUAUGGAAAAUGUGCAUUAUGAAAUAAUGAAUCAGAGGAGAUUAUGAGCAGGAAAGUAAAUAUUUUAUUUAUGUUUUAUAUUUCUUUCAACUUGUUAAAUGUUGCCAAUUCAAUUACCAAGAGUAAUGUAACUUGUUCCUCACUUCAAAUAAAUAAUGCUCACAGUUGUACUUUUAAUAUUACUUUUACGAAAUAAAAAUUGAUAAAAGUUUUGUCCAACUUUUUUAAGUAUACGGACGUAGAAAAGAAUUUUGUAUGAGACUCGUGAGUAAAGUACCGUUCUGCUCGUGAAAAAAGGAUUGCUUUACUCACUUGUUGCAUAAAUAACUAUUAAACCAUCGACUUUUUAAUUGUACGAGUAGUUUUCUGUGCAUUUGUAACUUGCUUCCUUUUGGCCUGUCAAAGUAUAUCUUAUAUAAACUGUUAGAUUUCUUCGGAAUUUAGUCUGACUAUAAAGGAGAGGUGAAUUAAUAUCCUGAGGUUUUGGAUUCGAGAUUACAUAAAAAAAAUUCAACUGCAAACUGUAUGUCAACAUUAUCGUGAAUAUUGCAAUUGGAUUUUAUGUGAAUACGAUAAAGUGACCUUUUUAUCAUUGACUGUUUACAAAAUGAUCUUUAUAACGUUUGGUGUAGAGGAAAUAGUCAUUUUAUUAUUAGAUGCUGUAGUAUCAAAUUAUCAUUAAUAUAAUAAAUAUUUUCUAUAAUUUUAUGGUUUUAUUAGCUUAUCACUUUCAACUCUGGUCCUUUGAACGACUUAUUUUAGAGUGGGAUACAGAGGCCAACGACUUCGUUAUCAAUGAACAGAGCACGUCUUUUAUCGUCGAAGCAGUAAUUGUCAGUGAUUGUUUAAGUUUACAUGGGUUUCUAUGAAAGGAUUUUGUCGAAGAGUUAACAGUUUUAA